AUGGUCCUCGGUAAUGGUCCCGCAGUUAUAUGGUUAGAUGCUCACAUUGGCGCGGAAGGGAAUAAUCGAGACAUGAAGAAACUCUUUAAUGAUCAGGUCAGUGCAUCCCUUGAACUACCGCCUAUCAAUGAAGUUGAUGCUUUGAUCUGUGGGUAUGUGGACGACUGGCGCGCUGUCGGUGCUCCUGUCAAAGCUACUGAUACUGUGGAAAAAGCUGAGGCUCUCAUUGCUGAAUUCCAAGACAAGGAUGUGAAAUUCAUCUGCUCGGCCACACUGGGGAGAUUGAUCAUUCCCAAGUUGGUCAAACAAUUCCCUCACAUCUUGUCGUAUUAUAUUUUUUGCGGGAAUAUCAGCCUCCACCUUGAUUGGGCUAUGGAUUAUAUCGAUUGUCUUCAGAUGUUUGAUCAUGAAGAUAAUCUGCUUGCGCGAUUAACAAAAGACAUAGCGAUCGAUUUCCGAAAACAUGGAAACCAUUACCAGGAACUGAACAAUCUCGAGCGAGCGAACGAAUGUUUUCAACAUGCACAAACGCUCGAAGAACGAAGUAAUAAACGUGUCGGGCCUCAUCAUGUACGAGACGUUAAUUAUAGAGAUGCAUGA